AUGCAUCAGGUUGCAAUAUCCUUUGCCAAAAUCCUACUACAAGUGACAAGGCCAAGGACUGCAAUACUUGGGAAGCUGCCUAGGACUACUGUUUACAGGAACAUACAGCAAUAUCCAGAUGCAACCAAGGUUCCUGGUAUUCUUAUUGUGAGAGUUGAUUCUGCAAUCUACUUUUCUAACUCCAACUACAUCAAGGACAGGGUUUUGAGAUGGCUAGCUGAUGAGGUAGAACAGCUAAAAGAAAAUAAAGAACCCGAAAUUCAGUAUUUGAUCGUUGAAAUGUCACCUGUUACCGACAUAGACACUAGUGGCAUUCAUGCCUUGGAAGAGUUGUACAGGAGUCUCCAAAAGAGAAAUGUUCAACUUGUUCUAGCAAAUCCUGGGCAAGUUGUGAUCGACAAGCUCUACGCAUCCGAUUUCCCAAGCAUGAUUGGGGAAGACAACAUCUUCCUGACCGUAGCAGACGCUGUUCUAAUGUGUGCUCCAAAGUUGCUAGAACCUUGUGCUACUGUAUAA